CCGGGUUGCAGCCUGGUGGGGGGAACGGUCGAGUUACCUUUGGGUCUCCAUGGCCAACUUGAACCCUGGUUGCCGUGUUUUAUCGAUUGGCCGAAUCAAGCAUAUCAUUAUCGUACGACCCGAGAGCACCGUGGAAAACUUGACUCUUGAAAAGCGCUUCGAGGUUGGCCACAUUCUCGUGCCGCGUUCCGACCAGAGUGGAAGUGCCGAAAAGAGGAUGCCCAUCACGACGACGCCCAAGGUGCCGGACGGCCUGCCGGAGCUGAUGCGCGGUUUGGCCAAGAGUGUUAUCAAGGAGAAUCCGGACAAUAUCUACGUCCACGCGGCGGAGUACUUUGAGAAUUUGAUCCGCGAACGGGACGGUGAGCUGGACAAGGGUUACGGCAGCUUCAGCGCGUACAAGGUGUAUUCGGACUACAAGGACAAGUGCCGCGAGAAGGGCGUUCCGGUGAAGGCUGUGAGUGACGGCGAUGAUGAUGAUAGUGGCGGAAGUGCAUCGGCAGCGGCUCGUGGCCGGAGACGGAAACGCGUAAGAAAGCAGGGUUCGAAGGAUUCGGGGAAGAGCGUCGAGAAGGAGGACGUUCCGGGUUCGGCAAGUUCCGGUGGGGGAGGUGAAAAUCUGUCCUCGAUCAAAGAGGACGCACCGCUGACGGAAAAGACAGUCGAAGAGGAACCCAUCAAGGUGGAAAAGCGCAAAGUGGUGCAAACUGCGCUGAGCAAGGCAAUUAGUAUCGAUUCGGAAGCUGCGGCAAACGCCGUAUCGACCGUUCUGGAAGACACCGUGCUAGACUCGGAUGAAGCUGACCGGGAAGCCGAGGAACCGCUGGAAGAAGCGGCAGAGUGGGUAAAAUUGAAACAACCCAUAAACUGUGAAGAUCUCAGUUCGUAUCCGGUGGAAGAUUACGGUUCGGCACCGAGUACUGCGGAAGUUGUCGGAGAUGUUGUAGGUGACGGUGAACAUGUCGUGGAAGACGCUCCACCAACCGAAGAAACAGACGAGAAGAACUCGGAUGAAGUUGAUCUAACCGUAAGCGAGAAGCCGGAAGUCGAAGAACCCGUUGUGAAUGGUUCGGUUGAAGCUGACGUGGAAUCGCCUAAAAAGAUGUCUGAGGAACAGCUAGAAGAAGAAGGUAUCGACACCGUCGAUGCCGAAAACAACGAAGAAAUCGCCAUCCAGCCUAGAAUGGAAACAGAAAAUGAGGAUGAGGUGCCGGAUAUGCCGGAAGUUCCCACGGAAGAUCCUGGUGUUCAGGCAGAUGCAGAAGAGACUGCUCAAGAAGAUGCUGAAACUCCUAUUUCAGAUGAAAAUCUGACAGAAAACGUCGAAAAUGGCGCAGCAAAUGAGGAUCCGCAGCCCGAAAACCAAGACAGCUCACACGAGAAAAAAAAUGAAGACGGACCGAACUCUGAAAACAAUUCCCCACAGAAAUCAGAAGAACAAGAAUCGUCUGAGCCUGCAAAGCAGGAAUCUCAAACCGAAGAAAAUCCAAAGUCAGACGAAGGUUCUCCAGAACAGUCAAACUCCAUUGAAGAAGCUCAACUAGAUACCAACGCAAAGGAAUCAUCGCUGGAGAAGUCAGAACCGGAAGCUAACGGCAACGAAGAGCAAGCUGAGGAACUAGAAGAACCAGCGUCCGCAAGUUCACCGAAGAAGUUGGCAUCAGUAGACGAAAUUCAGACAUCAAACCAGAGUGAUGCUCCUGGACCGGAAACCGAGUCUCCUAUGAAAGCUGGAUCGAUUGAUGCAGAAGUGGAAGCGACUGUGUCGGAUGAAAAUCAAAAGACUCAGUCGGGAAGUGGUUCUUCACAAAAGUCGGCAUCAAUUGAAGAAACAAACGAACCAGUCGAAGGAACAGCCGAUGCUGCUGCAAUGGAUGGAGACCAAAUAUCGGAUAAGGACGCACAACUAGCCUCGGGAAGUGCUUCUCCAGUAAAGCCAGCAUCAAUCGACGAACAUCAGCAAUCCAAAGAACAAGCCACACCACCUCCAGAAAGUGAGAAAACUGGCUCGAUCGACGCAACAAAUGAAUCAGUUGGAGAAAAUCAAGCUGAACAGGAUUCAAAUACCAACCAGGACGAUAUACCCGCUACAGAAAGCGGAUCCAUUGAUGCAGCAGCGAAUGAAGAAAGCCCCGAAGACGUUCAGGUUUCAGCUUCGCAAGAGGAUGAGAAACAGCAAGAGGAUGAAUCAAGCCAGUCCCCGAAAAAAUCGGCAUCGAUUGAAGAAGCCAACAAACCGACUUCAGAGGACCAGGUUACUCAAGAUGACGAAGAACCAGCUGAAGGAAGUAGUUCACCGAAGAAGUCUGCGUCAGUGGAAGACCAAGAAACGUCUGAACCAGCAAAGCAGGAUUCGCAAAACGAAGAACCUCAAACAGAGGAUAAUCCAAAGUCAGGCGAAGGCUCCCCGGAAAAAUCCGGCUCCAUCGAGGACCCCGCACCGGAAACCAACUCGAAGGAAUCGUCGCUGGAAAAGACGGAAUCGGAGCCCAACGUCAGCGGUGAGCAAUCGAAAGAAUCCUCCGCGAAAGAGUCCGAAGGGGAUGCGACCGCUUCGAAGCAGGACGGCGCUUCGGAGGAAGCUGGUGAGAUAUCGAUCGGAAGCCGGAUGGGCGCGGAAGAUGAGAAUGACGAGCAAGAGGGGUCACCGGAGCCGUCGGCUCCGCCUUCGGACGCGGUUGACGACAACAAUUCGGAAACCGUGGAAUGUGAAUCUAAAAACGAUGAAGAUAAAGCUGAAGGCUCCAAGCAGAACUCAGUGGAAGAUGAAGGUUCCAAGGAAGAGGCGGUAGAGGAACCUUGUAUCCAACGACAAGUGUCUCCAUCGACGUCGAAGCCGCUCAGCAAGAAUCAUAGUACCGACCUGGAGGAAAUCAAGAAGGUCGACCUGGCUUCGUUCAGCAAAGAUUCAGCGGAAGCGUUGUUUUAUUCGUUGAAGCAAACCGAGCUGGCAAACGAGGAAGCUCCCAAAAAGGACGGACAGCAAGAGGACGACGACGAUGCGGACGUUGUUUUGGGGGAAGAAGAAGCAGCUCCGGCUCCCAUCAGUCGGCAGCUUUCGAAGCGCAGCUUUACCGAUGAUUUUUUAGAGAAGGGCCCCAUCACUGAGGAAGCGCCGAAGCAAGCUGAAGGUGAUGGGGUGGCCGAGAACGAUGAGCAGUUUGACCCGAUGAUGAUCGCUACGGUGCGUAACCAGCAGCUGCAGGAGCAACUGCACUCGAGGGAUGAUACGAGUUUGGUGGGUUCGACGCAGCGGAAGACUCCGAUACGUAGGAGUAUGACGGAACGGGCGGAUCUGGUGAAGCAGGAUUCAAACUACGUGGAUUUGCGAAAGUACGAUCCGGAUUACGUACAGGAAGAGGACGAUUUCGAUGGGUAUUACAUUGGAAACAUUAGGAACAAAAUUCUGGCUAGUUCGGUGUCCGUGGCGGAUUCCGAUGACUUUGAUCCGAGACAGUCGCAGGAGAUGAUUGAUGAUAACAACGUCCGGACGGCACUGGAAACGAUUGCUUCAACAGACACGGAAUCGACGCUGCCAUCGCAGAUAACGGUUCAGGCAAACAGAGGAUUUUUGAAGAAUACCUCGUCCAACAUCCCGUACGCUUCGUUCGGGAACAACGCAAUAGAUCAGUCGCUGGAUGACUUCAUUGAGCGUGAGGAGCAGAAUAAGGAAGCGGAAGAGCAGGCAGCAGCUUCGAAGAUCCAGCGAUCGUAUCGACAGUUCCGCUCAAACAAAAAGAAGCUACUGCGAGACUACCACAGUACGAUGCAGACCUGCACGGAGGAUCAAUCGAGUGAGAGUCUCGAGGAGUACCCAAACAACAUCAUCAAGAUCAAGGUUGACCCUAAACAACCGGAAGCAAAGGAAGGAGAAGAAAGUGAAAACAAUUCGAUUGAAGACGGUCGUGCCGAGAACCGUCGUCGACCGAUGUACAGCUUGAACAUCGACGAGUACGAUACAGCUGCCCGCAGGAUGACACUGACUCGUGGAGUGGCCAUGCAGCGUACAUCGACGCCAGAGGAAGAUUCCGGCAAGUCGGACAACAAAAAGUCGCCACCGUUGACGUCAAGUGAGCCGGAAACUAAAGUUGCGGAAGGCAGCACGAUCUCGACCAGCGGACCGUCAUCAACGGAGGAUAAGAAGGAGGGAGGAAGCUCGAGUGACGAAAAGGAGAACAAGGACACCGGUUCGUCCAAAUCAAACGACGGUUCCAAGGUGGAAGUGACCAAGGCCCGUCCGCUGAGUGAUAGCCGGAAGCACACUUCGCUGGACGCCCAGAAGCUGUUUAUUGCACGUCAGCGCACCAUGCCGGUGCAGAUUGACGCAUCCGUCAUCCGAGUGCUGCCAAAGCACAUGAGAAAACGGAACAAGAGUGCCGGUAUGGUUAGGAAGUAGGAGGCGGUGGGUAGUUCCUGCACAAGUUUGACGUUUCUAUCUCAAAGUUCUAACCUUAUUCUUGUCGUUGUCACUGUGAGAUUUGUAAGCAAUAACACUAGUAGCAUUUAACGAAUAAAAUUUGGAUAUCCA